AUGACUGACUGGAUUGUUUUCUUUACUGAAGCUCAAGUCAAGUCCGCUGACAUGAGCGAGGACAUGCAACAGGAGGCAAUCGAAGUUGCUACUGAAGCAAUGGAGAAAUUUCAUAUUGAAAAGGACAUCGCGCAGUUCAUCAAGAAAGAGUUUGAUUCUCGCAAGGGCGCUACCUGGCACUGCAUCGUCGGACGUAACUUUGGUAGCUUCGUGACACAUGAAACUAAACAUUUCAUCUACUUCUACCUUGGCCAUGCCGCUAUCCUCCUUUUUAAGACCCAGUAA